AAGUUUCUCUCUCCCUCCCUCCCCAACCUCUUCCACAUCUCCGCUUCUCUCUCGUCUCCGCCUCGCUCGCGAGAGAGAGGGGGGCGACGACGGAACCCUAGGAUUCGCGGCCGCCCGGGCGGCACAGCCACCACCACCCCGCCCUCCGUGCCGGGGGGCGCCAGCCGAGCUCCGGGGCGCGCGGAUCGAGCACCGGGCGCGGGUCCACGCCGCCGCCGCCGCCAUGUCAUCGCUUAGCCGCGAGCUCGUCUUCCUCAUCCUCCAGUUCCUCGAUGAGGAGAAGUUCAAGGAGACCGUGCACAAGCUUGAGCAAGAGUCAGGGUUUUUCUUCAAUAUGAAGUACUUUGAGGAGAAGGUCCAUGCUGGGGAGUGGGAUGAGGUGGAGAAAUACUUGUCAGGAUUCACCAAGGUAGAUGACAAUAGGUAUUCGAUGAAGAUCUUCUUUGAGAUCAGGAAGCAGAAGUAUUUGGAAGCGCUUGAUAGGCAUGAUAGAGCAAAGGCUGUAGAUAUUCUUGUCAAGGAUCUUAAAGUCUUCUCGACAUUCAAUGAGGAGUUAUAUAAGGAGAUAACACAGCUUCUCACUCUUGAGAAUUUUAGAGAAAAUGAACAGUUGUCUAAGUAUGGGGAUACUAAAUCAGCUCGCAGUAUUAUGCUGAUUGAGCUUAAAAAACUUAUUGAAGCAAACCCCCUCUUCCGGGAAAAGCUUGUCUUUCCGACUCUUAAAGCAUCACGACUACGGACUCUGAUUAACCAAAGCUUGAAUUGGCAGCAUCAGCUUUGUAAGAACCCUCGUCCAAAUCCAGAUAUCAAAACUUUAUUCACUGAUCAUACUUGCUCACCUCCCAAUGGAGCUCGUGCAUCACCGGUGUCUGUACCUCUAGCAGCUGUUCCGAAGGCUGGUGCCGCAUACCCACCACUUACAGCUCAUACUCCAUUCCAACCUCCUCCACCUGGUCCAUCUUUAGCUGGUUGGAUGGCAAAUGCUGCUGCCUCUUCAUCUGUUCAGUCUGCUGUUGUAGCAGCAGCAUCAAUACCUGUUGCACCAAAUCAAGCUGUCUCCAUGUUGAAACGGCCAACCAUAACAGAUUAUCAAAGUGCAGAGUCUGAGCAACUAAUGAAGCGACUGAGGCCUAGUGGACAUGGCGUUGAUGAGGCCACCUAUCCUGCCCCCAUCCCUCAACCUGCUUGGUCAGUGGAUGAUCUUCCUAGGACAGUUGCUUGUUCACUGUCACAUGGAUCUAAUGUAACUAGCAUGGAUUUCCAUCCGACUCGUCAUACACUACUUCUAGUUGGAUCUGCUAAUGGUGAAUUCACACUUUAUGAGAUUGGUCUGCGUGAGACGUUGCUUUCAAGGCCCUUCAAAAUUCGGGACAUAAAUGCAUGUUCACCACAGUUUCAGAAUGCUGUGGUCAAAGACUCCUCAAUAUCCAUUAAUCGAGUUACCUGGAGCCCUGAUGGAGAAUUGAUUGGAGUCGCAUUCACAAAACAUUUGAUUCAUCUACAUGCUUAUCAACAACCAAAUGAGACACGCCAUGUUCUAGAGAUUGAGGCUCACUCCGGAGGAGUAAAUGACAUAGCAUUCUCCCGACCAAAUAAGCAACUUUGUGUUGUCACAUGUGGAGAUGAUAAACUGAUUAAGGUUUGGGAUAUGCACGGACAGAAAUUAUUCACAUUUGAAGGGCAUGAGGCGCCUGUGUAUUCUAUCUGCCCUCAUCAUAAAGAGAGUAUUCAGUUCAUCUUCUCAACUUCCCUUGAUGGAAAAAUUAAGGCCUGGCUUUAUGACAAUGUGGGAUCUAGGGUGGACUAUGAUGCUCCUGGGAAGUGGUGUACUACUAUGCUCUAUAGUGCUGAUGGAACUAGGUUGUUCUCAUGUGGAACGGGCAAAGAGGGAGACUCAUAUUUGGUUGAGUGGAAUGAGAGUGAAGGAUCUAUUAAGAGGACAUAUUCUGGAUUUCGUAAAAGGUCAGCUGGUGUUGCUGGUGUAGUGCAGUUUGAUACUGCUCAGAAUCACUUCUUGGCUGCUGGUGAAGAUAACCAGAUUAAAUUCUGGGAUGUUGAUAACACUAAUAUGCUGACCUGCACGGAAGCUGAUGGAGGCCUCCCAGCUCUUCCUCGCUUGAGGUUCAAUAAAGAAGGCAACCUUCUUGCUGUUACUACAGUAGACAAUGGUUUUAAGAUACUUGCAAAUGCUGAUGGACUCAGAACUCUACGCGCUUUUGGAAGCCGACCUUUUGAAGCAUUUAGGCCGCAAUAUGAAGCUUCUUCUAUGAAGGUCUCAGGUGCUCCUGUUGUUACUGGCAUCUCUCCUAACAUAGGCCGAAUGGAUCACUUAGAUAGGAAUUCUCCUGCAAAGCCAUCUCCUAUACUGAAUGGUGGGGAUACAGCAUCAAGAAGCAUUGAUAUAAAGCCCAGAAUCUCAGAAGAAAAACCUGAUAAGGCAAAACCUUGGGAAUUGAUGGAGGUCUUAAAUCCUCAGCAAUGCCGUGUAGCCACAAUGCCAGAAACUCCUGACCAGCCCAGAAAGGUCGUCCGCCUUCUGUACACAAAUUCUGGUGUUGGGUUGCUAGCACUAGGGUCUAAUGCCAUUCAAAGGUUAUGGAAAUGGAGUCGAAAUGAGCAAAAUCCGAGUGGAAAGGCCACAGCCGGUGUUGUGCCACACCAUUGGCAGCCAAAUAGCGGUCUUGUCAUGACAAAUGAUACAGCAGAUACCAAUCCAGAGGAGGCAGUUCCAUGCAUCGCACUCUCCAAGAAUGAUUCUUAUGUGAUGUCCGCUUGUGGUGGGAAGGUUUCCUUGUUUAACAUGAUGACAUUUAAGGUGAUGACAACAUUCAUGCCACCUCCACCAGCAUCAACAUUUUUAGCGUUUCACCCUCAAGACAAUAACAUCAUAGCAAUAGGAAUGGAAGAUUCAACCAUCCACAUAUACAAUGUCAGGGUAGAUGAGGUAAAAACUAGACUCAAAGGACAUCAAAAGAGGAUAACUGGGUUAGCUUUCUCCACCAACCUUGGUGUACUUGUUUCUUCUGGCGCUGAUGCACAGCUGUGUGUGUGGGCCAAUGACACCUGGGAGAAAAAGAGAACCAUUUCUAUACAGAUGCCAGCUGGAAAGACUGCUUCAGGCGAUACAAGGGUCCAGUUUAGUUCUGACCAAAGUCACUUGCUAGUAGUACAUGAAACUCAGCUAGCUAUAUAUGAUGCGUCAAAAAUGGAGAGGGUCUAUCAGUGGAUACCCCAGGACACGUUGUCAGCUCCUAUAUCGCAUGCAUCGUACUCAUGCAACAGUCAGCUGGUUUUUGCUGCCUUCGCUGAUGGUAAUGUAGGUGUUUUUGAUGCGGAGAACUUGAGAUUAAGAUGCCGAAUUGCGCCAUCUGUAUACAUGUCUUUGACAGCCAUAAACAGCAAUCCACCUGUUCACCCUCUUGUCGUCGCUGCACAUCCCAAUGAGCCAAACCAAUUCGCGGUCGGGCUGUCAGAUGGGUCUGUUAAAGUGCUGGAGCCCUUGGAGUCCGAAGGGAAGUGGGGAACACCCGCCCCGGCAGACAAUGGGAUUCCCAAUGGCAAGACGCCGGCAUCAUCAGCUACUAGCAACCCCGCCGCGGAUCAAAUCCAAAGAUAGAUGUAUCGCUGAAGUUUUCUCUGUAAAUUUUCUAAUUGAACUGACUUAUUUGUAUGUGGAUGUCGUUAGGAUAUUAUUGUUGCAUUUGUUGGAAAAAGCAGGACAGAACAGGUUAAGGUCAAAACUUGUCUCAUGAAAGGUGAUGUUUGCAUUAGGGGAUAGUAGUGUCCAUAAAGUGUGUCGCCUUAGGUAUUCUCAGGUUUAGCUCGAAUGAUGUAAGCUAUAUAUUUCUUAAUGCAUGUAAAGCAAUAUAUAGUUUUGCCCCAAUACCCA